AUGAAACUCCAGAAUAAUGCAACUAUGGCAGAUUUUCAACUAUGGUUUAUUCCGAUUGAUAUUUUAAAUAUGAUAUGUUCUACCUUUUCUAUUAUACUUGCUCUAAUCUUUUUAUUUGUUAUUAUUUUGGAUAAAUUAUAUCAUAAAAUUCCAAUGUUACUCGUUGGAAAUUCAUGUGUAGCUGAAUUUCUAUUGGGACUUUAUUUGUUUGGUAUAACCAUAUUUACAUUUCAUCAUGAUCUUAAACUAAUUUACUUCUAUGAUUCAUUUUGUUUUUUACUGAGCUAUGUAGGUUAUAUAUCGAUUGGAGUACAAAAUUAUUCUUAUUUAUUACAAGCUAUCUAUCGAUAUAUUUUAAUUGUUUAUCCAUCUCGAUUAUUUUAUCGCUCAGUUCAAUUUCAAACAUUUCUGAUUAGCCUAACAUGGAUUUGUUGUAUUAUCUAUCCUAUUCCAUUAGUAUUUACUGGUCAAAUAAAGUAUCUUGUUGAUGAUCAAAUAUGUCAAAUGCCUAUUGAACUUUCGUUUUUAACGAUAUUCAAUGCAUUUUAUAUUUAUCUAUUUCCAAUGUUAAGUAUAAUAUUAAUAUAUUUAAAAAUGGUUCGAUAUGUACAUGAGAUGAGUAAACAUGUAACACCAGUUAAUCGAUUACUUCAUGCUCAACGAGAAUUACGAAUGAUCCGACGUAUAAAUUCACUUGUAUUCAUUUUAAUUGCACUUGGUAUCCCUUACACAAUCUUUAUUAUUAUGUCAUUUUUCAAUAACGUACCAAAAUAUCAUUUUCGUAUUGCUUUUGCAUUUAUCAAUGUAUCAUUGGUAUUUGUAUUGAUUGCUCUUUUCGAAAUUACAGAAACAUUGAGAACUUCUUUAAUGAAAAGAAUAAAUGGUCGACCAAUCAACGUUAUACAAACAGUAUCAUAA